CUGGAGGUUCUCGAGCGCUUGCUGCCAAGGACUCCCCCGCCGCCUCCCCCGCUGAUGGAGUCCGAGAUGCUGCAGUCGCCUCUUCUGGGACUUGGGGAGGAAGAUGAGGCCGACCUUACAGAUUGGAACCUACCGUUGGCUUUUAUGAAAAAGAGGCACUGUGAGAAAAUUGAAGGCUCCAAAUCCUUAGCUCAGAGCUGGAGGAUGAAGGAUCGGAUGAAGACCGUCAGCGUUGCCUUGGUCUUGUGCCUCAACGUUGGUGUGGACCCCCCGGAUGUGGUGAAGACCACCCCCUGUGCCCGCUUAGAGUGCUGGAUAGAUCCUCUGUCAAUGGGUCCUCAGAAAGCUCUGGAAACCAUUGGUGCAAAUUUACAGAAGCAGUAUGAGAACUGGCAGCCGAGGGCCCGGUACAAGCAGAGCCUCGACCCCACCGUGGAUGAAGUCAAGAAGCUUUGCACGUCUCUGCGCCGAAACGCCAAGGAGGAACGGGUUCUCUUCCACUACAACGGCCACGGCGUGCCCCGGCCCACGGUGAACGGCGAGAUCUGGGUCUUCAACAAGAACUACACGCAGUACAUCCCCCUGUCCAUAUACGACCUGCAGACCUGGAUGGGCAGCCCGUCCAUCUUCGUCUACGACUGUUCCAACGCUGGCCUCAUCGUUAAGUCCUUCAAGCAGUUUGCUCUGCAGCGGGAGCAGGAGCUGGAGGUCGCCGCCAUUAACCCAAACCACCCGCUUGCCCAGAUGCCUCUGCCCCCAUCGAUGAAGAACUGCAUCCAGCUGGCUGCCUGUGAGGCCACCGAGCUGCUGCCCAUGAUCCCUGACCUGCCGGCCGACCUCUUCACGUCCUGCCUCACCACGCCCAUCAAGAUUGCACUGCGCUGGUUUUGCAUGCAGAAAUGUGUCCGUCUGGUGCCAGGAGUCACACUGGAUUUGAUAGAAAAGAUCCCCGGGCGGUUGAACGACCGGCGUACACCGCUAGGCGAGCUGAACUGGAUCUUCACGGCCAUCACGGACACCAUCGCCUGGAACGUGCUCCCCCGGGAUCUCUUCCAGAAGCUCUUCCGACAGGACCUGCUGGUGGCGAGUCUGUUCCGCAACUUCUUGUUAGCAGAAAGGAUCAUGAGGUCUUACAACUGCACCCCAGUGAGCAGCCCGCGACUGCCCCCCACCUACAUGCACGCCAUGUGGCAAGCUUGGGACCUUGCUGUGGACAUUUGUCUCUCUCAGCUGCCAACGAUCAUCGAGGAGGGCACUGCGUUUCGGCAUAGCCCCUUCUUUGCCGAGCAGCUGACCGCCUUCCAGGUGUGGCUGACGAUGGGCGUGGAGAACAGGAACCCCCCCGAGCAGCUCCCCAUCGUUCUGCAGGUGCUGUUAAGCCAAGUGCAUCGUCUGAGAGCCCUGGACUUGCUGGGAAGAUUUUUGGACUUGGGUCCCUGGGCGGUGAGCCUGGCUUUGUCUGUCGGCAUCUUUCCUUACGUACUGAAGCUGCUUCAGAGCUCAGCCCGGGAGCUGCGGCCUCUCCUGGUGUUCAUAUGGGCCAAGAUCCUCGCCGUGGACAGCUCGUGCCAGGCCGACCUGGUGAAGGACAACGGCCACAAGUACUUCCUCUCGGUCUUGGCAGACCCCUACAUGCCAGCCGAGCAUCGGACCAUGACGGCCUUCAUCCUGGCUGUGAUUGUCAACAGCUAUAACACGGGGCAGUCUCACGACUCUUCCACAAUCAUUUCCCGGCCGCCAGGAAGUAUAAUUUUCCCCUCUCCGUCUCGGCAGGAGCUGGUGGUAGCACUGAGUCACCUCGUGGUUCAGUAUGAAAGCAAUUUCUGCACAGUCGCCUUGCAGUUCAUGGAGGAGGAAAAGAACUACCCCCUGCCGUCCCCAGCGGCCACAGAAGGGGGCAGCUUGACCCCCGUGCGGGACAGCCCGUGCACCCCCAGACUCCGCUCCGUGAGCUCCUACGGAAACAUCCGCGCCGUCACCACUGCCCGGAGCUUGAACAAGUCUCUGCAGAACUUGAGCCUGACCGAGGAAUCCAGCAGCUCAGUGGUGUUCUCGCCCGGGAACCUAAGCACCAGCAGCAGCGCCAGCAGCACCCUGGGCAGCCCCGAGAGCGAGGAGUACAUCCUGUCCUUCGAGACCAUCGACAAGAUGCGGCGCGUCAGCUCCUACUCCUCCCUCAACUCGCUCAUAGACGUGCUUGGCCCCACCCCUCUGCGUUCCAUCUCAGACCUCACCCCCUCGCUGCCUGCACCCCAGCUCUGCGGGCUCCUUGGCCCCGGCAGGCCCUCUGCCCGUUCACACCCGGGGCCCUCUGUGUUCACACCUGGGGCCCUCCGCACAUUCACACCCGGGGCCCUCUGUGUGUUCACACCCGGGGCCCUCUGUGUGUUCACACCUGGGGCCCUCUGUCAGGAGAAGAGCCAGAAGGCGCUGGGCCUAGUCAUCUGGCCUGACGUCCACCUGAGUCCCCAGAUCGGUGCUGUCCAGCCCCCGCCGGCCAGGUCUCCCCACCCAGCACCCCUGGACUUCCAUCCUAAGUCCCGCUCUUUGCCGACCGAGCUCAUGGACCUUGGCACGGCUUCUCAAGUAGCAGCUGGCACCUUCUGCCCCCAGUGGCUGCUGGCCCCUGAGUGUGUGGCCUGGGCAUCACUCUCUCUGCACCCGCACCCCCUGUGUCCCUUCUCCACUCAUCGAGGUUCUGCCCAGCACAAGCCCAGUGCAGGACAGGCCUCCUGCGGAGCGCCCCCUACAGCAGAGUCCCCCCAACCCAUCAGGCGUCAGGAAGUACUCCGAGAGGAGCGCUUGGCCGGCCGUACGCAGCGCCGCAGGCCCCACGUUGGCCAGCUCCUCGUCUGUGAGCUGGAACAGGACCUGCCCGGAGAGUGGGUGCGAGGGUUGAACGCGGUGACGUCCGGGAAGCCCGUCACGGCCCCAGGCCUGCCGAGGGCCCAUGGCAGCUGCUCUCCUUCGUUGCUGGCGUCAGCAUUCAUGCCGUCGUCACCUUCUGCUUCCCCACUGUUCUCCGUGAAGACCGCCCUGCUCCCUGGGCGUUCGCUGUCCCCGCACCAGGCGGGGCAGGGCGGCCAGGUCACGGUCCCUUUGCAGCCCCAGCACCGGCACAUCCUCAAACCUACAGGACUCCCGCCUGGCUGUGCCCGGGAACCGGAGAUGCCUGUGGAGCAGCAGGCAGACGGGCCUCCUGCCGCUGGGCCGCAAGCAGCUGCUGGCGGGCCAGAUGUCUCGCCGUUUAUCACCCGGCAGCUCUGGUUCCCAAAUCUACAGAAAAUCUCCUCCCUCCCAGCCGGCCGUCAGUGUGUCCGACCCACAGGCACGGCUCAGCCUGGGGACAUGUGGGAGGAGAAGCUGGGGGGCACAGGGGGGCUCUGUGACUCAGAGGGUGGCCAGGAUCGGGCUAGUGGCCCCUCAGCCCCUCCAGGCACUCUGCGCUUUGUGCGGCCUCUGAGGUGUUAUGUGAACACAUCGCACAGAAUCCUAGACCCUGGGCGUCUUCCGCCACUGUCCACCUUACUACCUCCCGGCCAGGCACCCAAUUAUGGAGUGCUUCCUGCCAGUGGCCCCUCGAUGAGGGCCCCUCGCCAGACCUUGUGCUUUUGUCUCGUGACCCUAACCAGCCUCCUUCCCGGACCCUCAGUUACGUCUUCACUCUUCCAGGCCACAGUGAACGCCCGGCCCCAGCGCAUCCUUGACUCGGCCUCCCUCACGCAGUCGGCCCCAGCCAGCCCCACCAACAAGGGCACGCACAUCCAGCCCGUGGGGGGCUCCCCACCGACAUCCAGCACGAGCAGCUCCAGCCUGACCAACGACGUAUCCAAGCAGCCAGUCAGCCGUGACCUGCCCACAGGCCGGCCAGGCACCUCGGGCCCUGUGGGGGCGCAGUACACACCCCACUCCCACCAGUUCCCCCGGACGCGGAAGAUGUUCGACAAGGGCCCAGACCAGACCACGGACGACGCCGAUGACGCCGCGGGGCCCAAGAGCUUCAUCUCAGCCGCAGUGCAGACCGGCUUCUGUGACUGGAGUGCCAGAUACUUUGCUCAGCCCGUCAUGAAGAUCCCGGAAGAGCACGACCUGGAGAGUCAGACCCGUAAGGAGCGUGAAUGGCGGUUCCUGCGUAACACCCGCGUGCGGAGACAGGCACAGCAGGUGGUCCAGAGGGGCAUCACUCGACUGGACGACCAGAUAUUCCUCAACAGGAACCCAGGCGUUCCCUCCGUGGUCAAGUUCCACCCAUUCACACCAUGCGUCGCCGUGGCUGACAAAGACAGCAUCUGUUUCUGGGACUGGGAGAAAGGGGAGAAGCUGGAUUAUUUCCACAAUGGGAACCCUCGGUACACCAGGGUCACCGCCAUGGAGUACCUGAACGGCCAGGACUGCUCACUCCUGCUGACGGCCACUGACGACGGUGCCAUCCGGGUCUGGAAGAACUUUGCUGACUUGGAGAAGAACCCCGAAAUGGUGACCGCAUGGCAGGGGCUCUCAGACAUGCUGCCGACGACGCGAGGUCUGGCCCGAAAGGUUUCCAUCUAUCUUGACAGCAGUAAGCAGGGAGGAGCAGGGAUGGUGGUGGACUGGGAGCAGGAGACCGGGCUGCUUAUGAGCUCAGGGGACGUGCGGAUCAUCCGGAUCUGGGACACAGACCGGGAGAUGAAGGUGCAGGACAUCCCCACGGGCGCAGACAGCUGCGUGACCAGCCUGUCCUGCGACUCACACCGCUCGCUCAUCGUGGCUGGCCUCGGCGACGGCUCCAUCCGCGUCUAUGACAGGAGAAUGGCGCUCAGCGAAUGCCGUGUCAUGACGUACCGCGAGCACACAGCCUGGGUGGUGAAGACGCACCUGCAGAAGCAGCCCGAGGGUCACAUCAUGAGCGUCAGUGUCAACGGGGACGUACGCUUCUUCGACCCCCGCGUGCCGGAGUCGGUCAACGUGCUGCAGAUCGUGAAGGGGCUGACGGCCCUGGACAUCCACUCGCAGGCCAACCUCCUUGCCUGCGGCUCGAUGAACCAGUUCACCGCCAUCUACAACGGCAACGGGGAGCUGAUCAACAACAUCAAGUACUACGACGGCUUCAUGGGCCAGAGAGUCGGCGCCAUCAGCUGCCUGGCCUUCCACCCGCACUGGCCUCACCUGGCGGUCGGAAGCAAUGAUCACUACCUCUCCGUGUACUCAGUGGAGAAGCGCGUCAGAUAGCGGCCCGGCCCUGCCGGCUGCCCCGCCGUGUACAUAGAGGGAGCCGGGGCGCGGGGCUGCCCGCACGUGCCGUCACCUCAGUCCUGACUGAGCUGCUGGCGGGAGGCGACUUGCACUCCAGCUCCGCUGUGACGUCCAGG